GCACUUCCUUCCGGUCACUGUGGCGGGCGGGCGCUCGCCGCUCUGUGGUGUUGCCGUCCUUCAGGUGUGGUCUCGACCGGUGGCAUGCGGGGACGGCCGCCUUUGCCGCACGUGGCCGUGGCCGUAGCGCUCGGCGUGGCCAGCGGGCUGUACGUCUACCGGCCCAUCUUCCAGCCGCCCACGCACCAGGAGCCGCAGCAGAGCCCGCCCGGGCCGACGACUGACGCCGCGCCCAAAAGGAGGCCCUGAGGGAGCCGCGUCCCGCCCUGAGGAGCCGGUGCUGCGCCGUGAGGAGAUGGCGCGUGGCGCUCCCGCUUCCCGCGCCGGGCGGGUCCCCGGGGCCGCCCCGCAGCGCUCCGCCCGCGGGAGGGGACAGCGCGCGGUGGCGGCCCGUAGGGACCGUGUGUUGUGAUGUGCAUAAAGCUCUGAGUGCUUGAA